AUGUCGGGCGUGGUCGCCACCGAGACCGUCCGGGCCCGAGCCAAAACCCCCGCCUCAGGGGCCGUCGCCCGGGAAGGGCGCUUCUCCUUCUCCGUGGACUCGAUCCUCGCCAGCGCGCCGCCGAAGGACGCGCCGAAGGACGCGGCCGCCGACGCCCUCCACCCGCCGCAGACGUCGCCGGAGGAGCCGCUCUCGCCCGCCGAGGACAGGCUCUCCGCCAAGCCCCUGGAGCCUGCCCGGGGCUUGGCCUCCGAACCUGCUCCUCCACCACCAGCUGGCCCUCCGCGCCCUCACCAAGUCUCCGGAGCCGCCGAAGUUCCUGGGGCCCGUCAAAGUGACCCUUCGGAAGCACAAGCCCAACCGGAAGCCGCGCACGCCCUUCACCACGCAGCAGCUGCUGGCGCUCGAGAAGAAGUACCGCGAGAAGCAGUACCUGAGCAUCGCCGAGCGCGCCGAGUUCUCCGCCUCGCUCAGCCUGACGGAGACGCAGGUCAAGAUCUGGUUCCAGAACCGCCGCGCCAAGGACAAGCGCCUCAAGGAGGCCGAGCUGGAGAGGCUGCGCUACAGCUCGCGGCCGCUCCUGCCGCACACGCCCCUCCUGCCGCCCGCGUCCUUGCUGCCGCCCUUCCUCCUGCCGCCGGCGCUGUCGCACCCGCACCAGCUGCCUCCCAGCUUGCGGCACAUCCCCGGCCAGGACCCGCGGCCGCCGCAGCCCUUCUCCGUGCCCUCCAGCGCCGCGGGGGGGGCAGCAGGGGCGCCCUGUCUCCAGUAGCUCCUCCCCUCUCCUCCUCCCGCCCUUCCCCUUCCUCCCCCGCACGGAGCACAAGAGGAGAACAAAUAACACAGGCGGACCGCGGAGGACCAGGGAACCCCAGGCUUUCCGAGCUAGUGUGCCGCCGCGUCCGCCCUGCCUGUUAUCAGGACGAAAACAGACAUACCAAAGAUUGCACUUCUUACGGAGUGCCGUGAAAUAUAUAGCACCGUUUUAAGAUAUUGCUCUUGACAAGAGAAUAAAUAUUGUAUUAUGUUUCA